AAGUAAGCACGACACGAGGAAGAGCUGCAGCGGCGGUGGCGGCAUGAUCAGCGGCGGCCGCAGCAGGAGCGGGCGCCUGAGGAGGCGGGCAGAGACCCACAGCCGCUGCAGCUCAGCCCGGUUCCGCUCAAGCCGAAGAUGCGAGCGGUCGAGGGGUAUUCGCAUUGGCCACCUCGAGAGGAGUGCGUCCCUGACCCGAGAGCAUCGAUGCAACAAUCGAGACGACAUUCCAGAGGCUUCGGCCUUGACGGGUGCCUGGAAUAAGCAAGACGAUACUCGUUGGCAAUUCCAAGCGCACCGGCUGGGCUCGAGGCUCCCCAUGGCGCUGGCCUCUGUGGGCGUUGGGCAGCAGAGUCCUCCAGGGGGCGUCCGUCUGCUCACGGCCAGCAUCAAGGAGUGCAGAAAGUCAGGCCGGUGGGACGUGGCGCUCGAGCUGAUCCGGGAGGCAGCUCGUCUGUCCACGGAAGUGGACGCGCUGCACUACAAUCUUGCCAUUGGCACGUGUGGGAGCUCCAAGCAGUGGCAGCAUGCGCUGUCGCUCUUGCCCAGAAUGGUGGAGGCGAGGGUGGAGCCGGAUCUCGUCAGCUACAAUGCUGGAGUCAGCGCGUGUCAGAAAGGAGGGGAAUGGCAGCAGGCGCUGUCUUUAUUCUGCGCGCUGCGGCGUGUGCAUCUGGAGCCCGACGUUUUCAGCUACAACGCUGGGAUCAGCGCGUGUGGGCAAGGCGGCCUCUGGGAGCACGCGCUGUCGCUGCUUAGUGAGAUGCGUGGUGCGAGAUUAGAGCCGAACGUAAUCCACUACAACAAUGGAAUUAGUAUGUGCGAUGCAUGCGGGCAGUGGCAAGUCGCGUUGUCGUUGUUCGGCGAGCUUUUAACCAUGAAGGUGGGGCAGGACAUAGUAAGCUACAACGCUGCGAUCACCGCGUGUGGGACAGGCGGGCGAUGGGAGCAGGCGCUGUCGCUGGUGGACGGCCUGCGGGCGUCGAAGGCGCAGCCUGACGUCGUCAGCUACGGCGCGUCCAUCCGCGCCUGCGAUAAGGGUGGGCAGUGGCAGCAGGCGCUUGCGUUACUCGCCGAGAUACUGGCGGCCAAGUCUGAGCUGGACGCGGUCAGCUGCUGCUCUGCAGUCAGCGCGUGCCAGGAAGGUGGUCAUUGGCAGCAGGCGCUGUCGCUUCUCAGAGACAUGCGCGAGGCCAAGAUGAAACUGGAUGUCCGUGGCCUCAGUGCUGCAGUCAGCGCGUGCGGGGAAGGCGGCCAGUGGCAGCAGGCUUUGCUUCUGCUCAGCGAUGCGGUGAAGGCAAAGUUGCAAGCUAACGCGAUUUCUCUCAGCGCUGGAAUCAGCGCGUGCGAGAAAGGUGGACAGUGGCAGCACGCGUCAUGGUUAUGUAAUGGGCUGCGGAACAUGAAAGUUGAGGCGGACGUCGUCGCCUACAAUAGUUUUAUUAGCGCGUGUGAGAAAGCCAGGCAAUGGCCACUGGCGAUGCUCUUGCUGCACGAGCUGAAGGCCGUGCAGUUGGAUCCGACUGUUAUCAGCUAUGGUGCUGGAAUCGCUGCCUGCGAGAAAGGUGGGGAAUGGUUGCUCGCGCUAUCCUUGUUCACCGAUAUGUCAGCGAUGAGAUUGAAGCCAAACUAAGCUACAGCGCGGGGAUCAGCGCGUGCGAGAAGGGUGCGCAGUGGCAGCUGGCGCUGGCGCUGCUCAACGAGAUGUGUCACGCGCAGCUGGAGCCCAACCUCUUCAGCUACAACGCUGGGACCAGUGCGUGCAAGAAAGGCGGGCAGUGGCAGCGAGCUUUAGCGCUGCUCAGUGAGAUGCGGGAGGCGAAGCUGGAGCCCAACGUCAUUGUCUCUACAGCGCCAGAACCAGCGCGUGUGAGAAAGGACGAGCAGUGGCAGCUGGCUUCGUCGGUGCUCAGCGACAUGUGGGGGGUGAAGCUGGAGCCCAACGUCAUC